CCUUAGUUCCUUAGAAACUUCCUCACACAAUGGCGAUGAUGGUGCUGCUGUUUUUUGUUCUCUUCAGUUUGGUCUCGAUCACAGUGUCCAGUGAUUUGUUCAAAUUGAUUGGCAGUUCUGUGCAACUGGACAUACUGAAUACUAUACCGGAGUUUGAAGAAUUAACCUGGAUUUUUAACAGAUCUACUAAUGUUCUAAAAUAUUAUAAUGAAGCUAAAAAAUCUAAACAGUAUUCUGGUUAUGGAGGCAGAGUGGAGUUCAAUGAGGAAACCUACAGUCUGACACUGAAGAACUUACAGAAGACUGAUAGUGGACUGUAUGAAGCUAAAACAGCUAGUGAUGUGGUCAGAGUUGUUGCUGAGUACAGACUCUCUGUGUUGGAUCCAGUGGAGGCUCCAGUCCUGACUCACCAGCUAAGCAGAGACACCUGUAACAUCACUCUCACCUGUAGACGUCAUGACCUCUCCAUCAACUCCAGCUGCUAUGAAGAAACCUGUGAGGAGAAGGAAGUGACAUCACCUGGAGGCGUCACCCUUUCCCUGUCUGUCAAUGGCCGCACCGUCAGCUGUAACCACAGCAACCCAGUCAGCUGGAGGACGGAUGUUUUGGAGAUGAGAGAACUGAAACGACUCUGUGCUGAUAAAGGUUCAGUGUCUCCCUCUGGUGGUGUAUCUGUGUGUUUGCUGAAGAUUGUGCUGUAUUCCAUCAGUCUGACCCUCAUGCUGUCUGCAGUCAUCACCGUCCACAUCAGAGAAAGACUGACCAAAUCAUAAAGACAUGGAUGGAGUUACAGUUUAUUAUAGCUGUUAUAGUUACAUAAGGCUCUAUUCUGUAAUCUCUGCUUAUAAUCCAUUCUGCUGUAUAGCUGCUGUAAUAGGCUGUCAGAAUAUACUGUUUCUUUGAAAGUUUUAGCAUCACUGUGGUUGCAUCUCUUUUGUUUGUGACUUGUAAAUACUGUUUAAACAUGUUUACAAACAUCAAACACUACACCUGCACCUUUAAUAACGUUUAUUCAGUGGUGCCCUAAAGACUUUAUAAGGGAGAGUUUGAGUGGGCUUUAACCCUUUAAAUGGCUAUAUAUUAAAAAUAAAAGCCUAUAAUUAGCUUUAAUUGAGCAAACCUACAAUCCAGCUCCACAACAGAUUCUGUCAGGUGAAGCUGAAUGGAGAGAGGAUCAAACUAAAGAGAUUGGUAGGUGUACAUUGAGUUGAUUUUCUGGCGUAAUGGGUUACAUAGGAACGAUGUGUUUUUGUUAAGUGUAGCCUCACUGCAUCGUGAAGGCGUUGAAUAAAAUUCACUUUUCAUUGCUCAUUUUCCACUCACAGGGAUAAAAAUGACAUUUCUCUGUUAUAUUUUGUGAAUUAGUUCAGUGAAUAACCAUCAUAAAUGAAGCCAGUCAUACAGCUGCAACCAAUUACACAUCAUCAGCAACAUUUUCAACAAAUAAGUGUUGAGCCGAGUCAUUUCUUUUUUCCUUGCAGUAGUUUGGUAAUAUUUGUCUUAGUUCGUUUUCCACAAUAAAAGACUAAGUGUAUUCAA